UCUGGUCUGUCGAAGACACGAUCUAAUUCCGAGGAUGGCCAUGGAAGAUCAGUGGAGCUUCAUUACAAGUGAACAGCAAAUGCACAUUAAAACAGCAAUUGAGAAAAGUCUUGCUGAAGGAGUUGCAAAGAUCAAUGAGUAUUUAGAAGAGCAGAACAACACUCCACUAAAGAUUGCCGUCACUGGAGAAUGUGGCUCUGGAAAAUCCACCUUCAUUAAUGCUUUCAGAGGCAUUAAUGACAGCGAUGAAGGAGCUGCCCCUACUGGAGUUGUUGAAACCACCACAGAGGUCAAAGCGUAUCCUCAUCCGAACCUCCCCAAUGUCACAUUGUGGGAUCUUCCUGGUGUUGGAACCCCCAACUUCCCAGCUGAUGGGUACUUGAAGAAGGUUGGAUUUGAGAAGUUUGACUUCUUCGUCAUCAUCUCAGCUGCUCGAUUCAAAGAAAAUGAUGUGAGACUCGCUCUGGAGAUCAAGAGGAUGGGGAAAAAAUUCUACUUUCUUCGUUCCAAGAUCGACUUUGAUAUAAGCAACGAGGAAAGAAGUAAGAUCAAUUUUGACAGACAGGAGACUCUCAAAGCCAUCAGAGAAAACUGCAUUGAAGGUCUUCGUCAUGAAGGCAUUGAGGCUCCACAGGUCUUCCUGGUGUCCAGCUUAGAGCUCCACCAGUUUGAUUUCCAUUUGCUGGAGGAGACAUUAGAGAGAGAGCUUCCUGAACACAAGAGGCACGCUUUUGUGUGUGCUUUGCCUAAAAUCAGCAAGGAGAUCAUCAAGAAGCAGAAGGAUGCUUACCAAGCACAAAUCAAGUAUUAUUCUGCUGUGUCUUCACUUGGAGCAGCUGUACUGACCUCUGGGCUUUCUAAUGUUGAUAUGGCCUUAGUGAAGAAAGUUGUUGUGCAGUAUGUGAUCGGGUUCGGGCUUGAUGAGAAGUCACUGAAGAGGCUUUCUGACUCCUCAGGUGUACCGUACUCUGAGCUUCUUUCUGUCAUGACUUCACAACUGGGAGCAACAACGAUCACCGAUGAACUCAUCCAGAAGCUGCUGAAGCAAAGUCCAAUAGCUUUGGCAUUAAUAGCUGCAGAGGAAAUAUCCAGAUUCUUUGUUGUUAUUGGGAUUCCAGUAUCAAUGAUCCUCUCUGGUGUUUCCACUUACAAGAUUCUGAAACUUUUCCUCAACGUCGUCGCUGAUGAUGCUCAGAGAGUGUUUGAAAAGGCCGUUAAAAAAACCCAGUGAGGUGUGAUUCUGUGACACAUUUCAAAGUGGUGCACUCAAGUUCCUCUGAGCAGAUUAAAUAUGUGUUAAAUACACAAUAUAUGCAAUGGAGUCAUGCAUUUAUUACAGCAAUGUUUUUUUUUUUUAAAUUUUCUUGUAUGUUAAAUGUCAGUACUUUUUGCAAUUAAUGUUGAAGCAUGUGAUGGCAAUCAUUUCAAGAUCUGAACCAGCAUAAUCAGCAGAUAUUUUCAGAUUAUUAUUAUAUGUGAUAUGUGGAGGGAUUAUCGAUUUAAACAAUAUAAAUGACAAUCUACGCUUGUAAUUGUUGUUGAAAUGUUACUUUUGUUCGAGUCUUUUCUGAGGUUGAUUUGUAUUAUUUGGUCAUAAUGAUGUUUGUAUAUUAUUAGUCUUCACUUAUUUCUAGUGAUCAUAUUAAGAACGUACAGCCAGAUAAAAUUCAGAUUUCAACUAUUGCUUUUUCUUUUGUGUCUUUAUCCAGCUGGAAUUUGUAAGCAGUCAUGUAAU